UGAUGAUGCGUCUCCUCCGGUGGCUUUCAGUGUCCUGUUGCUGCUGCUAGAUGCUCCGGUGGCGCGUAUCUGAGGCGAAGCCGUCCAUGUUGGCAUCCAAUGGGAUCGCGCAUCCUGCGGUACUGCUACUAGUCUCCUCCUGAUGCGUCAGAUUCGGCGGCAUUCGCCUUCUCGAUCAGCUAGCGCCAGUCUCGCGAGAGAAUGGGCGAGCAUUGUGAUCUGUGCCCAUCCAUGACCAAAUUGACCAUAUGCCUUCCCUAGCUUGCAGUACCUCUCUCCCUCCCUCUCGCCAUUGGCUCUUCUCUGACAUGUCUCGCCAAAAGUGAGCUCGCUUUGUGCGCGCGGGGGCGGGGGGGCGGCGAUUGGAUAAGAUUGGACCAUUCACCGCGCCACGGCGCCAGCGAGGCAUGUGUUUGACUGCUGGGUGGUGUGUGACCCGUUCUUGUCUGUGAAAUGUGAAUACUGGCAUACUGCACGCACGGUGAGCGCCAUGUAAAUGCUCUCUGCUCGCGUACACGGUUUUCUUCUCGCGCACACGGAAUUCUUCUCGAGGUGUAAACCCCGUUUGGUAACUUUGGGGUAUCAAUCAAAGCGGCGAAACCGUGCACCGCUAUGUGCCACAUGGGCGCAGCAUUCUUCCCGAGCUCCGAAUUGAUAAGUUGGAUCUGGUACGGCGUAGCGUACGCAUUGCAUGUUGCGAUCGAUCGAUCGAUCGAAGUCCCGGCCUGGGCAAUAAUUCGCUGCUGCACAUCCACACACACCGCAAGCUGACAGCGGCUGGCUGACGUGGUGGAACCACCAAUCGGCAUUACGAACAGCUCGGCAACGCCCAGGAUGACUCGUCACUGACACGUGGAUCCCAUAGGGCACAUCACGAUCUUUUCUUAGAGAAGGGUAUUUUUUAUCGGCCUCUACAUCCGACCGGAUAUAUGCAAUAUUUUUAAAUUAUAAAUUUAGCCUAACCCAAUCUAAAAUUUGCUAUCAUGAAUAUGCUACUUAAGUCAAUGCAACCGCUAAACUACAUGUGGCACGUCACAAUCCUGCCUGCGUUGCAUAGUGUUCUUUGUGACACCAAUGCCACAGUUGGUAACGAACGAACUAGUCGGGGGCAAGGGGCAAGACAGCAUGUUUCGCAUAGCGCUUGGGAGUGAACUGGUGAAGUUACACAGGAACAGCGAGCGACAGAGAGGGGGAGAGGAUCAGGCGAGCGAUUGCGUAUUUUGCAUUACGGGAGAGGGAGAAAUGGGUGGAUUGGAGGAGCAGCGGCAUGUGCUAUGGGGGAAAGCUAAUGAUGGGAAAGAGACAAGCGUAUCAACUGCAGCGCCUUCCUGCAGCUGCCGGGUUGGUGGAGUAGGUGACGACCACCCGCGCCUGGGUGGGAGUGGGAUGCCGGCGCGGGGCAAGUGAUCGAUCGAUUGACCAUGGUAGGAGCCACACAGGCCACAGCCACCUGGGUAACUAGUGUCAUCAGCUGCAUUUUGCUCAGUUGCUGCUUGCCAUCGUCGUCGACUUGUUGCCCUCCUCUUUUUUCACUGUCCGUUGCUGCUUCUUGGGUUCACUUUUGGUGCGUUUGGAACUUUGGAUAGAGUAUUAGGUGAUCUGGAUAGGCACGAGGAGGAAGCCAUGCGAUGCAAUGGGAUAAUAUGCAAUGGGUGAUGAGGUGUUUGGGUGUCCACCUGUUGAAACUGUGUCAUUGUUGGACGGGUGACAUGUCACAUGCUGAUGGGGUGGCGUCAGUCAAUCAUGUUUUUGUAGAUUAACCGGAGUGAAGAAUGGGGUCUGAUGUUCUAUCUGAUCUGAUCUGAUCAUCUCUUGUGGAUCAUCAUGGUUAGGCUUGGCAUGAUAUAUGAAUCUUGGUCCAGUCAGCAAGUGGGGGUUUUUAUUGGUAAAUUGCUUUGGUAAGUUAAGAGGUCACAUCACUAAACAUUUGCUAUGCAAAUGUGAAUGCGUAUGAUCCCUACUUGGCAAAAACUUGGAACGUGCUGUUUGCGUGUCUUCGCAUUCAUGCAUUUCUAUCCGUCGUUAGACAACCAAUCGCCAGGUCAAUUGUAGUGCCGGAUGGCUAGCUGGUUGGAUGACACUGAUCAUAGCUUGAACUUUACGUAUUUAUUUUUGGAGCAGAUGUUCGUAUGGUAAAAUGCCUUAAUGGUAUACGAUCUAUUUGACAUCAGAUACAACUUUCUGAUAUUGAUUCCAAUUCCAUUCAGGGAAAGAGCCAGAGUGCCGUACAAUUUGCACACAGAGGUGUGUCCAAAAGAACUUUUUUGCAGUAAAAAUGUGAAAUAUAGGGAGACAUGAACCAUUAGGCAUUUGUCACCCGUGUGCCUGUGUGUGUCACUCUUCUCAUGAUCUCAUCACACCAGUAAACUGCAUAUUAACGCCUGAAUUCAUUGGUAGUGCCAAAUUCUAGGUAAACUCCGGCACUAUCAAAAUAUUGUAGGGUAAAGUUAUUUAGCUAAUAUUUGGAUUGCUACCAAUAUAAAACCAAACUCUUAUAGUAUAGAGGAGAAACUUCUAGAAUAUGACCAAAUAAGGUAGGCACUACCAAAUAUUUGGUGUUAGUCCAAACUAACACACAUAUUAUUCAGUUUGCCAACAAAGUGGAAAGGCAUGUUUUGGUAUCAAACCAAAACGGCCCUAAUUAAAAACAAGGAGGGACAGGUAAAUUAAUUGGGCCGUCAAACUCAGGAAAAGCCCAGUCUGGUUCAAAAGGCCCAAGAUACAAAAAAAAACCGCAACCCCAACUACACGUCUCCGGCACAGUGGAAGUCUACUUUGCCUCCCUUAUUUCUUGCUCCUGACUCAAUCGCCUCCACCGACCACAGCUGGGCCACCUCCCAUGGCGUCCCAGCACGGCGGCGACCCGCGCCUCGACCGCCUCUCGCGUGCCCUCGCCUCCGACCACCCGCCGCCGGCGGCCGCCGCGGUCCACGCGCAUCUCGUCCGCGCGCACGCCGGCACGCCGCCCCCCGUCAUCCGGUCCCUCCUCAACCGCGCCAUUCGCCGCCUCUCCAAGCCGCACCCGCGCGCCGCGCUCCGCCUGCUCCUCCUCAUGCCGCGCCUCCCCGUCUCCCCCGACCACUUCUCCCUCCCCUUCGCGCUCAACGCCGCCGCGUCGCUCCGGUUGCUCCCGCUCGGCGCCUCCCUGCACGCGCUCGCCCUCCGCCUCGCGCUCCUCCCCUGCCGCCUCCCCGUCGCCAACGCGCUCGUUGAUCUCUACGCCAAGUGCGACGAUCUCCCCGCCGCACACACCGCGCUCGCCGACAUCGCGGCCCCCGACGCCGUCUCGUUCAACUCGCUCCUCUGCGCGCACGCCCGCCUCGCCUCCGUGCCCGACGCCGAGUCCCUCUUUGUUGCCAUGCCAUCCAGAACCCAGGUAUCGUGGAACGCCAUGGUGGUCGUCUACGUCAAUGCAGGGGACGUCUCUUCUGCUCGCCGCGUGUUCGAUCAAAUGCCUACCAGGGACUCCACCUCGUGGUCGGUGCUGAUUGUUGGGUACUGCAAGUGUGGUUCAAUGCGGAGUGCACGAGAGGUGUUCGAUAGAAUGCCGGCAAAGAAUCUUGUGGCAUGGACAGCGAUGAUCAAUGGGUAUGCGCAGAGUGGGGUGCCAAAGGAAUCACUUGCGCUGUUUAGAGAAAUGGAGGCUGCUGGGAUUGAGCCUGAUGCAGCAACUAUGGUCGGCGUUAUAUCUGCUGCCUCGCAGAUUGGCAGCACGGAGUUGGCUGGGUGGGUUGGAAGUUAUGUUGACAAGAAGAGGAUUGAAAGGAACGAUAAAGUUCUUACAGCACUUGUAGAUAUGCAUGCUAAGUGUGGGAAUGUUGACGAGGCUCUCAGUGCUUUUAGGGAGAUUGCACAGCCAGAUGCAUACCCUUAUACUGCACUUAUUAGUGGGCUGGCAGCUCAUGGUCAUGCAAAAUUAGCGCUUCAAGUGUUUGAAAGGAUGCAAGCUCAGUCAGUUUGGCCUGAUCCAAUCACUUUCGUCGGUGUGCUUACCGCAUGCAGCCAUGCAGGACUUGUCGAUAAAGGUUUGGAUUACUGGGAGGCAAUGGUGAAGUACUAUGGGAUGGAGCGUCGAGCUGAUCACUAUGCUUGUGUAGUUGACAUGCUUGGCCGAGCGGGGAGGCUUGAGGAGGCUUUUGAAAUGGUGCAAACGAUGCCAAUGGGCCCCCACCCAGGGGCUCUUGGUGCAUUGCUUAGUGCCUGCAAGACGCAUGGCAAUGUUGAGAUUGCUGAAAUUGUUGCAAACAAACUUUUUGAGUUGGAACCUCACAACACUGGGAACUAUAUAAUGUUGUCAAAUAUAUAUGCUGAGAAAGAACAAUGGGAGGAGGCAGAAAGAAUUAGAUCAGUUAUGAGAACAAGACUGCCCUUCAAACAGCCAGGCUCUAGUUGGGUGGAGGAUCGACAGAGGGAGCGUGGCAGGUUUCCUUUGAGGAGCUGAAAACCCGAACACAUAUCUCUCUUUGUUUCAAAUGUAAAUUUUCAGAUGAUGCCAAACAGAUCUUAUUGAACUGCCAGAAAUGCAGGAGCUACUGAUGCCAUUAAGCCUGAUUUCACUCUUGACAGCGGGAGCAUAGUAGUCUGACUACAAGGAAUUGAUAGACAAUUCUCGUUGCUGCAAGAUUGUUAACUUUUCUGAGAUGCUGCAAGCUAAGCUGGUUUUAAACAAGCUAAUUAUCAGGGGCGGAUGAUCUAUGGAUCAGUUUGUCGUUAAGGUAACUUCAAUUCUUCAUGGUUCAUGUCAUGUCUGAAAUUUGCCAUGAUAAAUUACUUUGAUCCUUUUAUGUGUUCAUUGAGCCAUGUUUUUUUUUAAAAAAAUAUGCUUGUUUAUCUCUAGAAGAAUUGAGUAUAGUUUCAUGACACUUGCAAUUUAAGCUCGUCAUCUUAGGUAGGUAUCUGUGUUAUCAAGAAUUUAAGAUGUGUCAUAAAAAAAAACCGGCAUCCGAAUGUUUAAACUAUGAUGGUUCAGCUGGAAAUUUGUUGAUAUAUUUUGAAAUUUUGCUAACCAUGAAUACAAUGUUCACUUGCAAAUCAGUAAGAUUAGAAAACAGAUCAUCAUGACGUUGGAAAUAGUUAUUUACAUGGUGCAUUCCAUAUAAAUGGCCGUAUAUUGUUCUGGAUGCUUGAUAAAUCAUCAUAGGC